AUGACAUCCCUUCAUCUUGAUCCAAUUGCUACCACUCCCAAGUUGGACAAUGGCCGCAAUAGCUCUACCGAAGACAAAGCUCAGCCAUCUGGGGCUGAAUCUGGUGAGACCAUAGACAGUUCUACACCAUGUGAGCUGCAAGACCAGUCACAGCGUUUGCCGUUUGCCCGUCUGAUGGUAGCAUAUCUUUGCCUAUGCCUUGCCUAUUUCAUCUCAUAUCUGGAUAUGAAUUCCGUCACUACCUCCCUACCAACUAUUGCCGAGGCUUUAGAUGCUGGUCCUACUGUGACCUGGGUAGGGACAGCAUAUCUCCUGGGUCAGACGGCCUUUCAACCUCUCUAUGGAAGGAUAUCUGAUAUUACAGGCCGCAAGCCAAUUCUAUUAUUUUCCAUGGGAUGCGUUGCCAUUGGUGGCCUUCUUUGUGGCUUUGCACGUACACCAAUAUGGUUAUAUGCAUGCAGGACAAUCAGUGGCAUUGGCGGGGGUGGUAUCAGUUCCUCCAUUGCUAUUAUAGUAAGUGACCUCGUCAGUCUCAGGUCACGCGGAAAAUACCAAGGGUUUAUUAGCCUUGCUAUUGGUACUGGAGCUGCAUCAGGACCAUUUGUGGCUGCUAGCCUUAUACAAACACGUGGACAAGACGACGGUUGGAGAUGGGCCUUUUGGAUUCCUUCUAUCCUCGCUGCUUUUUGUUUCGCACUUCUCCUGUUCUUACUACCACUGAAGCCAGUUCCUGGAAGUUUUGGCGAGAAGAUCCGCAAAAUCGACUGGCUGGGUGUCAUCACUUCGGUUCCAGCUAUCGUUCUGGUAAUUAUGUCGAUAAACUCGGGUGGAAGUAUUUGGCCAUGGGACAACAUCAAAACCAUCUUGAUACUGACUAUCGGUGUCGUAUGUCUCCUUCUCUUUAUAGGUAUUGAGGCUUUUGUAGCCAAGAUUCCUAUCAUCCCAUUGAGAUUGCUCAGAACGAAAUCAGCGUUAGUACUGAUACUUUCGGGCUUCCUUCAUGACUUUGUGUGGCAGACUACGCAGUAUUUUAUACCUUUGUACUUCCAAACAGUUCGCGGAUAUAGCCCAUUGGAGAGUGCAACGCUUAUUGUAUCCUUUCUCAUUGCUCAAGGCCUUGCGGGUGCUGCGUCAGGACCUGUUAUGGCUCGCUACGCCAGGUACAUGCCCGUACUGCGAUGUGGUCUCGCAGUUUGGACCCUCGGUGUAGGGUUGAAGCUUCUCUUUGGUCAGAAUACCCAUAUCUCUAUCUACGUAAUUGUCUUAGCUAUCGAAGGAGCCGGAGUUGGAUGGGUGCAUCAACCAGGACUUGUAGCGUUGCAAGCCAACUCGACAGACGAGGAUCGUGCUGUGGCGACGGGAACUCGAAAUGUUUUCCGUUCCCUUGGCGGCGUGGUCGGAGUUGCUGUGUCUACUGCUACCUACUAUGCAGUCUUGAGCAAGGCUCUUGGGGAAGCAGUCCCGGACUGGGUUCGUGAUGUUGUGUUGGAUGGAACAUGGCGAAUUGGUGACCCGGGUACGAGCGAAUAUGAGAGCGACAUCCUGAAUGCACGAAUGGAAGGGUUUCGAGCAGUCUUUAUCAUGUCCAUUCCUCUAAUGGCAUUAUGUCUCAUAGCCAGCCUACUGGUGGCAGACAUAGUUCUGAAGGGUGACAAUGAUAAUGUGUCGGAGGAUGCGAGGUCCCGUGACAGCGAGCAGGAGGUUGGGGCAUCUUGA